UUUCAAGAUAUAAAGCUUAAUCAUUCCAAAGCAUAAUCAGUGUGAAAUAUGGAGCCUAAAUUGAAUGCGCAAGUGCACAAACGCGUGCGCAAAUUUCUUUUGAUAUCAAUUCCAAUCAUUUGUGUUAUAAUAGCUCUUGGUGUUGGUGUUUAUUUUUACACUAAUAAUGAAUCUUCGCACACCGAGGACCCAGAUGCUUUGAAUGAUUUAACACCAGCCACAGCCAAAUGGGUUCAAAAUAAAGAAAUUCAACUGUUCCGGAGAUACUUAAGAUUUAAAACUAUAUCUCUUGAAACUGAUUUCGAACCAUGUAUGGAUUUUUUGAAAAAACAAGCCGAUAGUUUGGGUUUUGAAGUAACGAUCUACUAUCCUGUGAAUAAACAAAAUCCAGUACUUGUAAUGACAUGGAAGGGAUCUGACCCAGAUUUGCCAUCUAUAAUGUUGAACUCACACAUGGAUGUAGUUCCAGUGGCCGAGGAGUAUUGGGAACACCCGCCUUUUGCCGCAAAAAUGGAUGAAUAUGGAAACAUUUAUGCUCGUGGCUCUCAAGACAUGAAAUCUGUUGGAAUGCAAUACUUGGCAGCAGCCCGAGCGCUACAGCUUAAAGGAAUAACUCAGCCGAAAAGGACGAUCCACCUGACUUACAUGCCGGAUGAAGAAGUAGGUGGUUAUCUCGGCAUGGGCCCAUUCGUUGCAAGUGAUGCAUUCAAAAAAAUGAAUGUUGGCUUUACAUUAGACGAAGGUUAUCCAUCGACAACUGAUCACUUGGAAGUAUUCAAUAGGGAAAAACCGUCUUGCAAAAUUACUGUUGUUGCACACGGCCACUCUGGUCAUGGGUCACAACUUUUUGAUGACACUGCUGCCGUUAAAUUGAACUAUGUAGUCAAUAAGUUUAUGGAGCUUCGUCGAAAUGAAACUGCAAAAUGGAAGGAAGAGAAAUAUCCAUAUGGUAAUGUGACUUCCAUUAAUUUAACGAUAUUGAACGGUGGGCUCAAAUCAAAUGUAGUACCACCAGAAAUGGAGGCUGUCUUUGAUGUAAGGUUGUCCAUUGAUACCGAUUGGGAUGAAUUCGAACGAAUGAUUAAAAGUUGGGAGAAAGAGGCAGGCAAAAACGUAACAAUUGAUAUACAAAAAUCCCCCAAAACACCGGACACAGUUAUAGAUCAUUCGAAUGGGUAUUGGAUGCAAUUCAAAAAAGCUACCGAUGAACUCCAUCUGAAUGUCACUCCAGGGGUUUUUGCCGCGAGCACGGAUAGCAAAUUCAUUCGUAAAGCGCACAUUCCAGCCUUGGGUUUUUCACCACUUUUAAACACACCACCAAAAUUACAUGAACAUAAUGAGUACAUCAAUGCUGAAACUUACUUAAAAGGAAUUGAGAUAUACUCUAAAAUUAUCGAAAAAGUUGCAAACUUCUAAUGAAUUAACUGCAUAGCAACGUAAACGAACAUCCAAAUACAUGGGACUUAUUUCGUUUUUAUCAUUUUCAAAUAUAUGUCAUAAAGAAUCUAUUUUUGUACACAGCAAAUGUCGUGACUCAAUUUUGUUGUAGGUAAAUCAAUAGUUAUAAUAAGUAUGGUAGAGUUUGAAGUUUGUUGAUGUUGCUUCAUUAGUUGUUGUGUUAUUUUUAUGAAUAUAUAAAAAGUUCAACUAGAUCAAUCUAUUACUAUUAUCCGUUGUUUAUCACAGUGUCAUCACUCAAGAGUGUUAUAAGUGAUAAAUUAUAUUUUUUCGUCAACAUGAAUUUCCUGCAUGUCAACAUUAUAACAACCAUUUCGACUAACAUCUUUUUUGUGUUUUACAAAUAUUAUGGCUAGGAAAAUAUAUUAAACCAUAUGCCGUGACUACUGGUAUCAUGAAAAAGCGAUAAUACGAAAACAUUCAACAAAUAUUUGUUAUUUUCUAACAAUUGAACCGCCAUCAACGAAGAAAUGUAAUUUCCAAUGAACAUAAAUUACGAAGCAAUAUUUUAUCAAAUAGAUCACGCAAGGUUUCAAUUAAGUUUUUAAUUAAUUAAACCUCAAAAGUACUUCAUUGAAUUUACUUGCAAACAAUAAGUCCAACUACUCUAGUGGAUUAAUUCAACACGAAUCUAGUAUAAAGACAUCUUUUUCAAUGCUUUGAGGCCGGCGCCCCACAAACUAUAGUUUAAAAAAUAAAUUAAAAAAGCACACUUUCUUGUUA